AUGCUGGGUCACAAUUCCCGAUCAUCCAAAUCCCUUGAGAAACUAUCCGCUGGUCCUGUCUUUACAUCGUCGUCUCGAAGUCACAAUGUUCCUGUCCCAAUUCUCGCCAAACCAGCCAAUCCGAAUGCUUCCCGUCAGCGUCUCUGCACCAGCGGACAGGAGACCACCCUUAAAAAGCUAUCAUUCACAUUGGACGAAAUGAAGGUUAAGUUGACAUCUGUCCAAUCGAAGGUAACCUCCCUCGAAGCCCGAUUUGCAUCAGUGUACGGCGACCAGUCGUUUGUUCCCAACUCCGACCCGUGUAAAGUCAGAAAUGGCGUCAAGCCCUCGGCCAAGUUGCCUCCUCGCCGCUCUCAAGUCCUGAACAGCUCUCGAUUUUGGGCGAGUAAGCGUCUGGCCUGUCGGCUGGUGGCAGAGAAGCUGCACCAGGAGGAGGCCAGGAAGCAGCACGCGUCGUCCUCGCACUCGGUCGCGGUCCGCAGGUCCCGUCGCUUCGCAAGCAGCGGCGCCGCCGCCACCACCGAAAAGCUUGCCUCCGCACCCGCCGAGAGUGAACGACUUGCGCCCGUAACCAAGGCCAAAAUCGCCAAACUCCUCAUGGACGCUCGACUGGAGAUGGCCGCGGAAGAGAAGGAACGCCUGGAGGUUCACACGUCCGGUGCACUGGAUGAACCAAACCCCCCUCAGGCUUGCAAUGAGCAGCAGAAAGUUGGGCGUGCAUCGAUUGGUCGGAACGAGCCUGCUCCACUCCCGCCCAUUCUUCCGUUGCUUAACCCCAACCCCGGUGCUCCAGAGGCGUGCGAGCCGCCGCCGUCUGUUCUUCCCGUCGCCGACGACAGCACCUCAGCCGUCCGAAUGCCGGCAACGAGCUCACCCAAGCCCUCCUCGCCCUGUCUGUUGCCCCAGCUGCCACCCAUUCCGGCCAAAUAUCGGCGUCCGAUGCUCCUCGACACCUCGGAAAUCGCCCGCCAGACUAAGGACAUGCUGCUCAAGUGUGCCAUCAGCCAGCGGUCGUUCGGACAGAAUGUGCUCGGUCUUUCUCAAGGAAGCGUGUCCGAUCUCUUAACUAGGCCGAAACCCUGGUCCAUGCUAACAAACAAAGGCAGGGAACCGUUUAUUCGCAUGAAACUCUUCCUUGAAAAUCCCCGUUCUCUGAAUGGUUUUGAGUAUAACAUCACUUCGGGGAAGGAUGGAGCUUCGUCGACGGCGACGACGAAGCAGUCGGAGAAACUGUCAGAGGCCUCACCAAAGUCGCCACGCGACCUCAGUUCGGAUGUCUCGAGCCCCUCUCGGUCGGUGGGCUCGACCCCCAGCGCAACCGACGUCGCUUCCACAUCCACCACGCCCGCCUUGACUGCCCAAGAGUCCGGCAGUCGUUCGACAAUCAGCAUUUGCUCUCCUGAAGGCCAGCGCCUCCUCAAGGAUGGCUUCGACGUUAUGAAGACGGUUGCGGAUGCCAAAGUACUCCUCAACACAACUUCGAUGACGCAGCGCGCUCUCGGCAACACGGUGUUGGGCCUCAGCCAGGCCUCGGUCUCUGACCUCCUCUGCAAGUGCCGACCGUGGGACCAGAUAUCCGGCAACAAGCCCAGAGAGUCCUACGUCCGGUUGAAGCUCUGGGUGGAUUCUGUGCGUCUCACUUCCGGUGUUGGUGACGGUGAUGGCACUAAAUGUACAGAACGCAGUGCGAAGCGUCAACGAACGGACAGCGGCUCGUCGGCCACCGUGGACACAGAGACAAGGCAUCUGAACGAGCAGCAAUUGGAUGUCUUGGUCAACUUCUUCGACCAAUGCCCCCAACCAGACACCAGCGAUCUCAGUGAACUUGCGAAGCAAAUUGGCUGUCCCCUUGGCGAUGUAGUCGAUUGGUUUGAGAAGCGAAGGUUAGGUAGGCUCUCAAAUCCAACUUCUUGUGUAAAGCAGGUAAAUUCUCAAAUCGCCACGGAUAGAAACGGCUUCCCCGCCGCGUCGCUUCACCAGUCACCUACUCCAACAGCAGCUCCACCGCACAGUCGACGAAAAAGAACUGUUCCCACUCGCAUCUUGCCUCCCCCCUCCGCUAGCACAUCAGAGGCGUCCCGGGGCAUCGCGACAUUGCCCCCUCCUUCUUCCUCCUCCUCCUCCUCAUCCUAG